AUGAGCUCCACUCAGUCCACCGCGGGCACAAUCGCUACCUUCGCGACCGGCAUCUUCGCGGGGGGCGCACUUUUCAUAUCGGCCGUGGACCAGCCAGCGUUGAUGGCCAAGGACCCCACCGGCGUGCACGCGGCUGAGGGUUUUGCUGAGAUGUACAAGCGGGCGGCACCCAUCCAGGGCUCUCUGGCCAUUCUUGGUGGCACGGCGGCGUUGGUUGCGGCUUCGCAGGGUGGCCACUGCUCCAAGCUGCUCUGGGGAGGCAGCGGUGCGUUGCUGCUGGCCGUUUGGCCUUGGACUGUAUUUGGCAUGAUGCCCACCAACAAAAAGCUGAUUGCGGGCGAUGCACCUGCCACUGUGAGGGGCGAGCUUGUCAAGAAGUGGGGCAAGCUGCACCUGGUGCGCACUGCAGCGUCGGUCACAUCCUUCGCGGUCAUGGCGCUCGCGCUCGCGCGCCUCAAGCCUGUCCACAAGUGA